AUGCCAUUGGAUCUGGUGCUUACGGACAAAGACGGAGCAACGUCAAGUGAAACUCUUAAUAGAAAUGGCAUCCAAGUCGAAGUAAAGGUAGUUUUGACCAGAGAGGCGUUCAUUGCUAAAAUAACGGACCAAAAUAAAUUAUUAGCGCAGUCCAAUGCAAAGGUUACUAUCGAUGUGCUGAUAACCGGGAGGAACGAGAAGAUGAUUACAAACGCAGGUGCAUAUGCCAGAAACUUGCAAGGAGUUUAUGUUGUUGGUCCACUGUCAAAAGUAAUCGACGCUCCACCCGGCACUGGAUUAGAUGCACGUAUUUACACCAGAGCAUUGACUGUGGACUUAGCCGGGAAAAUCUUGGAUGCAGCUAUGCGUGGAGAACAUCUUAAUAGUCGCUACGAUAUAGGAAAUAUCUUAGACCAUCUCGGCGACGUGGCCAAGCAUUUCGCUCUUAGCAUGAAUGUAAUGAAGAUGAAAAUAAAAUGCUCUGCCGAAAACUCAUAUAUGAACGAAGAUCAAUGUAAAAUGUUUUGUGAUACAGUGUUGAGGGUGAACGCAGGGUGGUCGCACCACCCCACUUUAUCUCCGAAUGCGACAUCAGAAGAAGAUGCAUAGCGCCGUGGUGUAGAAGUGACCAGAUUGUAAGCUUUGACAAGAUGGC